CGGCUCGGCGCUCCUGAAUGGACCUGUAGGAGGUGGGAUGUUCAGCAGCAUCCAGAUGGAGAGACACUGAUCGGAACUCCAAGGUUCAUCAUCAUCAGUCUGAUCUGCCGAACCGAGCCGCAAAUCCCAGCAGGUCCAGCGGGGAUCUGUUUCUUUUCUCUCUGUUAUUGUCUUUGCUGCUGCGGGCUGUGCGGGGAUGGAGGCUGCAGAGUGCGGGGUGUGUGGAGUGAAGGUGAUGUGCCGCUUCAGGCCGCUCAGUGACUCGGAGCGGAGCCGCGGGGAUAAAUUCAUCCCUAAAUUCAACGGAGAGGACACGGUGGUGUUGGCGGGAAAGCCGUAUGUAUUCGACAGAGUCUUUCCUCCGAGCACUGAACAGAUUCAGGUGUAUGACACCUGUGCCAAACAGAUCGUCAAAGACGUGUUGGGAGGAUACAAUGGAACCAUCUUUGCUUACGGUCAGACAUCAUCAGGAAAGACUCACACCAUGGAGGGGAACCUGCAUGACCCCCAUAUGAUGGGGAUCAUCCCACGCAUCUCCAGAGACAUCUUUGACCACAUCUACUCCAUGGAUGAGAACCUAGAGUUCCACAUCAAGGUCUCCUAUUUUGAAAUCUACUUGGAUAAAAUCAGAGACUUGUUGGAUGUGUCAAAGACCAACCUGGCUGUUCAUGAGGAUAAAAACAGGGUCCCCUAUGUUAAGGGUUGCACUGAGCGUUUUGUUUCCAGUCCUGAGGAGGUGAUGGAUGUCAUCGAUGAAGGGAAAGCAAACAGACAUGUUGCCGUUACCAACAUGAACGAACACAGUUCUCGCAGUCACAGUAUUUUCCUGAUCAACAUCAAGCAGGAAAACGUGGAGACAGAGAUGAAACUGUCUGGAAAACUUUAUCUGGUCGACCUAGCGGGGAGUGAGAAGGUAAGUAAAACUGGAGCUGAAGGAUCUGUGUUGGAUGAGGCGAAGAACAUCAACAAGUCUCUUUCUGCUCUUGGAAACGUCAUCGCUGCUCUGAGUGAAGGAACAAAAACCCAUGUGCCGUACCGAGACAGUAAGAUGACCAGGAUUCUGCAGGAUUCUCUAGGAGGAAACUGUCGAACCACCAUCAUCAUCUGUUGCUCACCCUCUGUUUACAAUGAAGCUGAAAGCAAGUCCACCCUCAUGUUUGGACAGAGAGCUAAAACCAUAAAGAACACGGUUUCUGUGAACCUUGAGCUGACUGCCGAGGAGUGGAAGAAGAAGUAUGAGAAGGAGAAAGAAAAGAACAGAAGUCUGAGCAUCAUGAUCCAGAAACUGGAGAAUGAGCUGAAGCGAUGGAGAAAAGGUGAGUCUGUCCCUGUGGAGGAACAAAUGAGUAACAGAAACAAGAAGAGCAGCACUGAAACGCCAGCAGUGAUUGAAAGUUUGGCUCCGCCCACUGUGCCUCUGUGUGAGGAGGAGAAGGUGCAGUAUGAGACACUCAUUACCAACCUUUACCAACAACUGGAUGACAAGGACGACGAGAUCAACCUCCACAGUCAGACAUCCGAGAAGCUCAAACAGCAGCUGAUAGAACAGGAUGAGCUGCUGGUGUCCAGCCGUCAAGACUAUGAGCGUCUGCAGGAGGAGCUAAACCGGCUUCAGAGGGACAGUGAUUCAGCCAAAGAGGAGGUGAAGGAGGUGCUGCAGGCUCUGGAGGAGCUCGCAGUUAACUAUGACCACAAGAGCCAGGAGGUGGAGAACAAGACCCGCUGCAAUGAGCAGCUGAACGAGGAGCUGGCACACAAAACUGCCGGUCUGGAGGCAGCUCAGAGGGAGCUGUCCACCCUGCAGGAGCUCAGCUGUCACCAUAAGAAGAGAUCUGCAGAGAUCCUCAAUCUGCUGAUCCGAGACCUCAGUGAGAUCGGCAGUGUCCUCGGGACCACAGACCUCAAAGCUAUGGCCGAGGUGAGCGGCGUGAUGGAGGAAGAGUUCACCACGGCUCGUCUCUACAUCAGCAAGAUGAAGUCUGAGGUCAAAUCUCUGGUGAACCGCAGCAAACAGCUGGAGGUCAGCCUGACGGAGAACACAUGCAAGAUGGAGGCCAACGAGAAAGAGCUGAGCACCUGCCAGCUCCUCGUCUCUCAGCUUAAGGCCAAGCUGGAAUCCCUGACUGCCGACCUUCAAAGGAUGGAGCAGAAGAAGAGGCAGCUGGAGGAGAGCCAGGAUGCUCUGAUGGAGGAGAUUGCUAAACUUCAUGCUCAGGGUCAGAUGCAUGAGCUGACGGUGAUGGACAAAGAGAAAGAACAUAUGAGCAGACUGAAGGAUGCAGUGGAGAUGAAGAGGACGUUAGAGGAACAGAUGGAGAACCACAGGGAGGUUCAUCAGAAACAGCUGAGUCGACUCCGUGAUGAGAUUGAGCAAAAGCAGAGAGACAACGAUCAGCUCAAAGAUGUGAAUCAGGCUCUUCAGCUGGAGAACAGGAAACUUCUCUCAGACUUUGAAAAACUCAGAGCUGAGGACCAAAUCAAAGAGCAAAGACUCCAGAAACUACAAUUCCUAAAUGAGAAGAGGGAACAAGCCAAGGAGGACUUGAAGGGUUUGGAGGAAACUGUGACCAAAGAGCUGCAGACCCUUACUAACCUUCGGAUCCAAUUCAUACAAGACAUCACUUCUCGGGUCAAGAACAGCUCAGAGAACGACAGCGAUGAAGCUGGUGGCAGUUUGGCUCAGAGACAGAGGAUCAUCUUCUUAGAAAAUAACCUGGAGCAGCUCAGCAGAGUCCACAAGCAGCUCGUCCGGGAUAAUGCGGACCUGCGCUGUGAGCUGCCAAAACUGGACCGGCGGCUAAGAGCCACUGCAGAACGAGUGAAAGUUCUGGAAACGGCCCUAAAAAAUGCCAAGGAGUCGGCUCUAAGGGACCGCAAACGGUACCAGCAGGAAGUAGACCGGAUCAAAGAAGCAGUAAGGUCGAAGAACGUCUCCAGGCGAGGACACUCUGCUCAGAUCGCUAAGCCAAUCAGAGCAGGUCACCAGAACUAUCAUCCGUCCUCUUCCCAAUCCAUUAAACCAACUAUUAGAGGAGGAGGAAUGGCCUCCAGUCCUCGCCAUCACUCCUCCAGACAUCAAGCAGCUCAACAACAACAGCCACAAUAUCCACAGGGAAGCCACAAGUAACUCCAGAUAUGAAGGGACUCUGGAUCCUUUUUUGUUUUCUAAAGAAGUUUACUGACGUUUCUUGUCUUCACCGGUCUGCCUUUACUGGGAACAUUCUCGUUAUCCUCAACUUUUAUCUUAAGCAAAUUGUAAGAUUUUGCCUUUGCCAUUUCAGUAUCUUAUUCUCUUAUAAAGCAAGCAAGAUAUUUUGUUUACUGUUGGUUUGAUAUACAGAUGUUAUUCAGCUUUCCCUUCUGCAGUGUUAAAACUAAAGAAUGCAGCAUCUAAAGCUUCUGCUGAUGUUUUAGCCUAAGUAUGACCAAAAAAAGCAAAUUUAUGCAUUAAAGUAAAAUGCUAAAAGCACUAUCUUUAGAGAAAUUUUAAACUGUUUGACACUUUCCUGAUAAAAUCAAGUUCAGACAUUUUUUUUUCCUCAGGUCAUAUUUAUAUCGGUCUUUAUUUAAAUCAAAAUUAAAAAAUGUUCUUAUGUUAUUGUUUUUUUACCUGUCUUUGUCCAUCCAACAACUGCCAAUAAUUAUUAAAAUAUUUUUUUCUAGCUCCAAUCAAUGUGAUUAAGUAUGAAUAAGCUUUUUAUUUAGCUAUCUGCUUUUAAACUAUUUAAUUGUACUUAUAUGUAUCUUACUGGCAAAAGAUAAUGUACUUCAAAUGACUGAAAUUGUUUGCAUAUCAUUGUUUUAUUAUUUUACUGUUAAUAUGGAGUUUGACAUUUUAGUAGCUGCCAUGUUCUAGUUUGUUAUUUUUGUAUUAAUGCAAACUCACCAAUAAAAGUGUUGCCUUUUCAACAUUUUAUAUUUUAUUACUUGAUACUUUGAUACUUUUUGUAUUUUGUUUUUUAUGUUUUUUGUUAUUGCUGGAGAAUUCCUCAACUUCUCCUGAUAGUUUCUAACAUUCCUUCAGUGAAAAUGCAGUAAACGAAAUCCACCUAAACGUCAUAAAGUGUAAAGUAUCUGUUGGAACUGUGGUGUUUUUAUGUCUGUGGUAUCUACCUGUUAUGCAAGUGUUGUGUUGUAGUUGUUAUUUUUGUAAUUUAUAAUAACAAUCACUGAUCUUAAACUAAAA